GAGGCGAGGGCAGGCUACAGCAACACAGUCAGUGCUGCUAGUUCUUCUAUCGAGAAGAAGUAUCCCGAUAUCGUGGAAGGUCGAAUUCAGGGAACAAAACCUCAUCUAUCAAGCCGAGAUAAAACCGACGCCAAGAAUGUCGUUACUGUUGGGUAUCAUUCCAGGAAUGGCACCAGGUAUUUGUCAAUUCAUGCACAUGAAGAUGGCACAUGGAAGGAGUUUCUUUCACGAGCGGGUCAAUCAGCAUCCAAGUCCGAAGGAAAGGAUGACCCCAAGUCAAAGUCGCAGGGACAGGCUUGAUUCUCGGAGUCUUUGCCCUUCGAUGAAUAUAGAGGCUUGGUUCUUCUAG